AACAUUUGUUUUUUCUUUUUUUUUCAGUCGCGCUACGUCUGAUGCGCUCGAGUCCAGUCAGAGUGCGCGCACGCAGCUCUCGUGGGGACCGAGAGAAAGAGAGAGAGACGCGUGAUUUCUCUUUGUACUGAAUGAAGAGUUGAGGCCGGCUCCGCUACUGCCGUCUCUUUUUAUAUAAGCAGAGUUUGCAUGCUGUAAAUAGCCCAAUAAGCCGGUUACACUUUACGUUUCACCGUAUCCGUCGGUCUCUUGUUUUCUGGAGGCGACCCGACCACUGCCAAUGUCCCUUUGAGCGGUUCUGGACAACAAAAGCAUCAGGUCCAACGUUGUUCUUCGGGGGAUUUCAAGUCACACAUUUCAUCAGUCAGGAUUUUUUCAGUGCGGGAAAGCGAACCCCCGCACGUCCACAGACCGCUUCGCCUCCUUUUCGUCGCCCCUUUCACACUUCCACACCUCCGGGGGGGGUUGGAUUUUUUAUUUCCAUAGCGAGCGACCAUGGCUGCUGUAACAAGCCCGGAGACGAGCCCUCAACCCCGGGUAUACUUCCAGACGCCGGCCGGCACCACGGAGGAACCGGAGACACCCGUUCGGAAGCAGGGACGCGUUACCGUCAAAUACGACCGUAAGGAGCUGAGGAAGAGACUGAACCUGGAGGAGUGGAUUAUCGACCAGCUAACGGACCUCUACGACUGUGAGGAGGAGGCCAUUCCUGAGCUUGAGAUAGAUGUGGAUGAACUGCUGGAUAUGCCCAGUGACGUUGAGCGGGCAGCCAGGGUCAAGGAAUUGCUGGUUGACUGUUUUAAACCUACUGAGGACUUCAUCUCAGAGUUGCUCAACAAGAUCCGAGGGAUGCAGAAGCUCUCCACGCCUCAGAAGAAAUGAUGGCGUCCAUCCUCCUCCUCCUCCUCCCUCCCUCCCUCCCCUCCUCUUCCUCCUCCUCAGCCCUCACCUCUCAUCUUCCUGCCACUUCCCAUCCUUUAAUUUUAGUUUUUUUUCCAUCUGCUCCUUCCUCCUUGUUAGGCCCUCUUCUCUUUCUUAUUUCUGUUUUCAUCUCUUGUUGCCUGGAUACAGCCCCAUAAAUCGUCCUUUCUGAAACUAUUAGUAAAAAAGAAGAAGUUUUAAAAAAUGCGUAAUUACUAGGUGAAAUCAACGCCAUGUGAUUCAUCUUAAACCAGGCCCUCUCCUUCCCUCUCUGCCCCCUCCUUCACCCUUUUUUAUUUGGCUUUUUACUCCUCUUCCUCAUCCAGCUCUUCUUCCUCCCACCCUCCUUGCAACCAACCCUCCAUCUGUCUCUGCCCUACAAGAAGAAGAAGAAGAAGGAGAGGAGCUGAAAUCACUCCCAUAAUUACUGAGAGCAGAGAGGCCAAGAGUGGGAAGAGGAACAAGAGAAAGAGUCUGCAACAGCCAAGAAAAGCGUGGAAGGGUGAACGCUGAAAGAGGAGGACGGAGCAGCCAAUCAGCUCGAAGCAUCGCUCACGUCUCUACCAAUGAGAUUUGUCGUUUUGUUAUUUGUAAAGGGUCUAAACUUGUAAAUGAUCCAGCUACCAACCAUCAUUCUUCUGCUGUUUUCUGGUUCUGUUUGAGGGCAUGGGGAUAUUCACUUGACUUUUUUUUUUAAUUAUUAUUAUUAUUAUUAUUAUUAUUAUUAAAUAACUUUCAGAUUUUUGGGGAUCUGUACCAUCUUUGUCUGCUAAUUUCCCCCUCCAUUUAAUCAGAGGCAUUUGCUACAGUGGUGCAUUUAAAGGCUUUUUCGUGUGUGCGUGUGUGUCUGUUGAAAAAUCUGCACUAUGUCAUUUUGGGAAGAAAGUCUGAACCUCUGACCACAAAGAAUAAUGUAUGGUAUAUCUUUAGUGCAGCGUAACUGUCUCCAGAGGAAAAUCUGAUCCCUGGAAAUGGUGGUUGAACCUAAAAAAAGAGUCACUGGUUGGCUGUGGUGGUCGUAUGGUCCAACUAAUUUUAGACAGAAAACACUGAUCUUCCUUCGAGUAGAAGUAGGUCCUCUUAGGUCGGAUGAUGUGCUUGAAAAUAAGUUUUAUUUUUUUUCUUUCCUCAGAUGUGUGUAGUGCAGUGGUUAAGAGAGGCUCUGUAGAAGCCACUGCUGUCCGGCCUGCACAUACAUGUGUAAGUCUGUGUGUUGCUAAAUGCUACGUGUGUAUGUUGCUACAUAAUGUACAGCAACAUUCAUAAUAGGAGUGUUUUCUUAUGGCCUGUAUAUUCUGCUGUUCUGUACGAGAAAGAAGAUUUUUAGUAUAGGACUGGUUCCUGUUUAGGUUUUUUUUUUGUUUUUUUGUUUUUUUCUCUCUGGAUGCAUUUUGUCACACACACUCUGACAGUCCGACAGGGGGACCCAGAACAAAGCUGCCUUGUUUGUGUCUUUUUUUUCUUUUUUUUCUUUUUUUUUUCAAUUUUUAUUAUUCCCCCUCUCUUUGUCUCUUUCUCACUGUUUCUCUUUUAUUUAGUCCACCGCAUUCUUUUGUGUUUGGCAGAGGUCAGUUCACAGUGGUCACACGUACAUGGAAACUCUGAAAAUCUCUUUGGAGCUCCGUGUUGGUGUGGAGACUUUUGAAGCGUCCUCUGCCUGUCACGUCAGUAAGACCCACCAAUGAGACGGCCGAGUGGGCGGGAUAGAGGGAGGGAGGGAGGCCGCUGUUUCAAAUUGAAGCUCUUCUAAUUGCAUUCAACCUUCUUUUUUUUUCCCCCCCUUUCUUUCUUUCUCUCACUCUCACACACAGGCCACCCUUGGGACGGAGGAAACGGAAACACGUUAGCAAACACAGCUGCCUCUCACACACACGCACACACACACACACACACACACACACAUAUAUCAGGCACUGACAGAAAGAGAGAGGGACAGGCCCAGAGCUGUCACAAGAUGUGUGUGUUUCCGCGCUACAGCUGCCAGUCAUCUCUAAGAAUAAGUCAUCUGUUUCUGAUCCUGAGCCAAUCAGAUCAGAGGCUGAAGCCCAUUGGCCAAUAGGAGAAGCAGUAACACUUGCUGUGAUUCCUGUGACCAAUUGUGAACACCUGCGGUGACAGCAGACCUUCACCGUCUGUCUCUCUCUUUCUGUCUCCACACCAACAGACACACACACACACACACCCAAACUGGCCCAUUUUCAUCUUGCUGCUCUGUCAUUUCUCCCUGGCAUCCCCCUCUCUCCUCCACCCAUCCAUUUCCAUCCUUCUGUCCAUCCACUCUCCCUCUAUCCUUUCUUCAUUUUCCUUUUUUAAAAAAAACAGAUGUUGCCUUAGGUAUUAUUUAUGUUACAUAAACCAAAUAAACGGGAGACAUUCAUUUUUAAAAAGGUAACGCAAACUGUUAAAAACCUGCGUUACUAAGCAGAACUGCGGCAUGUGGAGAAUCUUGGAUCUUCUGUCGCUCCUUUUUUUUUUUUCUUUUUUGAAAAACAAUGAGAUUCUGUUGUUUUGGGGUUUUUUUUAGAAGUGAGUGUUUAAUACUUAGGCCUUGAUACAGUGAUUUUGUUUAGAUAAACAAUGUUCUUUACAUUUACCAUUUGAAUACUGGUCUGUUUUUAUUGUGAUCAUGACACUUCUUGAUGCCAGGCCUUGGAUUAACAUGUAGUUGAACAAAAAAUCCAUUCAGAUACAUUUUGAUGCGAUUGCUUUUGCCUUCAUUGUUGGGUUUCCAAAUCAGCUGUCUGCAUAUUUUUGGAAACAUCGUGAUUGGUCGGAUUGUACCAGGCAAACUCAAUCAGUAGCUGAAUUUGAGUGGAUUUUCAUUUCUAAAUCCAGGUUUGGAUUAUACCUUAUUAGACUGUUAUUGAGAAGUCUGUUUUUUUACUGUUGGGGAAAAUUGCAAAAAAAAAUAUAUACUGAUUAUUAUCAUUGAGGCUAAAUACAAGAGCUAAACAUGCAGAUUGGAGGAGUGGUGGUGUUUUUUGGACAUUGAUUAGAUCAAACCAACAAACAAAUGUAGCAAUAUCAACAACAGGUCUUGUUUUUGCCCAAUUUUGUUACACUUUUAUGCAACUUUAAUAAAAACAUGUAAAAUGGA